CAAGAAAGUAUCGGACAAAAUGAAGGUCUUGGUUCUACUCGUCUUGGUGGUCUUCACUCUUCUGAGGAACAGCACCGCUUCUCUGUUCGUGCAAGGUCCUACUGAAACUGUCUUGGAGGGAGAUAGUGUGACUUUGGAAUGUCUCGACUUGGAGUCUGAGCUCAACAUGAGCUCAGUGCACUUUGAAAGGCUGUCAAGGCACGCGCAGAUGUGGCAUCGGCUGGAUAUGUAUGGGUACGGUUAUUACUACCGCCGCUGUUUCUGGUAUGACGCGGACGUGAGCAGAGAAGAUGGCCGUCUGCUUCUUAUGUUAGGCAGAGUCCAGACCUGGUCUUCUGGAGUGUACCGCUGUGUGUCUGACAACAUCACUGACCUGGACAAUUCAUCACUGCCUUUUAAGCUGACCGUGCACUAUAUGCGAGAGGUGUCGGUGAACAGAGCCGGCGCAAACAUCUUCUCUCACUACUUGGCCCCACAGGACGACCUGCGUGUACCACUAGGGGACGAUGUGGAGCUUGACUGCUCUACCUCUGCCUCUGAGACUCCUCAGUACUCUUGGAGCAAAGAGGGAGAGGACUGGAUGGUUCCCAGUAGUAAGCUAAAGCUGAAGCAACUGAGGGAGCAGGACAGUGGGCAAUACACAUGCAUGGCUCAGCACCCAUCUGUGAGCUCCCUUAUCAAGAAACGGACCAUCAACCUCACUGUCCUACCAGAGGACUCAGCAUGGUAUGAGACGACAACUGGACACAUUUAUCUCAUGUUGGCUGCAGUAGGAUUGGUUCUCUUCGCGAUCAUCCUCUCCAUGACAGUGUUCUUGUGCCGCCGGGCCAGACGGAACAAGAGCAAGGGACCGAUUGAUGACCACUCCCAGAAGAAGCCUAUCUACAAGAGCAGUGUGGAGUCUCUGCCUUCCACUGCUGGAGACAAACAACCGCUGGUGUAAUGAGAGAGGGGGAGAGGGGGGAGAGAGGUGGAUGAGGAUGGGGAGUGUUGAGGUUUAGGAGAGAAAGAGCCUGCCAGAUUGGAUAAGAGAUGGUUUUGCUAGUGAAACACAGGCCAUGAAUCGAAUCGAAGACAGUAGGAAAAGGGUGUGUGGAAACGAUAGACAGGCAUGAUUGUUUCACAGUAAUGGUUCCAAUUCAGCAGGUUUGGCAGCAGUCCUCCUCAACAAAAGGUGUGCAGUUUUCUCUAUAUUGAUUUCACAACCCGACAAAAUUGAGAUUCAUGCUUGUUGUCAAAGACAGGGACUGAGUAUGCUGGUGUGAGCUUUAAAUCUCUGAUCUUUGAGAUGUAACCGCGUGCAAACCCUUUCUUGCUAGUCAUUCUUCUAGCCUUGAGUUGUAAACAAGUCUCUUUCACUGGCAGCAUCAUUCUGUUUGACAAUCAUUCUGGUGUACACAAUAGAAUACAGAAACUUUAGGUGCAGUGUCUAUUCUUAUGUUCUCUAUUUUACUUGAUAGUACCAUUACUAAAUGAAAUUGUAAGACAAUAUAUAAAAAUAUGAUAGCACUUUAAAUCUUUUGCACUAUAUUUGAUCAUUCCUUUGUACUUUUUUUCAAAGUUAAUUACAUUAAACAUCUUUUAAAAUACA